CUCGAAACGUGCUGGCCAACACUCCCGGCAACAAACCUGUUUUGCAUGCUGCAUGGGCAGGCGUUAGUGCUACACCCGUCGACGCUCGCUGCAAUACAGCUCGUUUCUCUAGGCCGCGAGAACCUCACAAGGUACUGUCCACAAAAAUUCUGCGUGGCAGAAACGCGUAAGGCUCGAACAGCUACAGAGAGCCACCUGCUCUCUGUGAGAUACGCUGCUAAAACGACGCCGACGCGUCGUCCCAGCACCUGAUUGGGACCUCAUUACUCCCGGUAGCAUCGCUGCGAGAGCGAUUCAAGAGCCAUUCCAGCAAUGGCAUUCGCGGCGCGUCGUGUCGUCUCGCAGGCUGCCAGGCGCCGCCUCAGCAGCGAUGGCAAACCCGUGUUACGCUCGACGCUCUGCUGGGGCGACACUUCAGCAGCGUGGGACUGGGCCGCGCGCACGCUCACGCUGUCCGACGGUGCUACCACCGUAUUAGCAGAGAACGUCGACGGCUUUGCGGAACUGUGGCGCCGCAACCAAUUGGUCCUGCGAAAGCACGGAGUCGCCUUCGACUGGAGCCAUAAAGCGCUGCACAAUUCCGUGGACACUAUUGAUGUGAGACCGCGCUGCACGCGCGUCGGCACGACGAGCUGGGCCUUUGCCUCCGACUUCUGGGACGCCAACGAGAAAGAAAGGGUCGCGACGACGCGCGGCGUCUUCGUGCACGUCAAGGCUGGGCGGCCGGAGCCGCUGCCCGACAAGGUGGCGGCCGGGUUGCGAGAACUGGUCACGGAGGACGACUGCGACGACCCGUUUCCGGCCGUGUGGAAUCUACACGCCAUCGAGCAGAUGCAGUGACAGGAACGGUCCAAAAUUUGAUUUCCACACAGAUUUCCGGGCAGCGCCGCCAUGGACGCGCUCGCGUGGGCCGAAGGCGCGGACGGCGGCGGCGACUACGUCGUCCGCCAGUCCGACGCGGACUCUUUAGGACACAUCAACAACGCGCGCUGGGCGCACAUAUUAUACGACGCGCGCCUCCACGCCAUCGACGCGGAGCGGCAGGAGGGCAAGUGGAAGUGCCGCCACGUGAACGCCUUUGAUGUGGAGUAUAUACGGGAAGUGAAGCCGGGCUCGAUUUUACGGUGGACCUCGUCGGUGGCGGCCUACGGCGCGCGCGUCGCGCGGCGGUUCGAGUUUUUUUUCGACGAUGGGGGACCUUGCACCGUCGUCCACAUGCUCGAGAGCACGAUCGAGUCCGAGGCGUGGGUGGGGUUUUUGAAUGGCGACGAGCCAUGAUCGUUUCUUGUGUAAGUCUUUCUCGCGUUA